GGCUGAGCUAAUCUAAGCGACUUCCCAGGAGUCCUUUAAGAGGCAACCUAACGUAUUCUUAAGGACCAAGGAUAGUAUCUUACUAUGAUUUACCAAUUUCUUUUUUUUCUUUUAUCGUUAAUAUAUCUAGGUUCUUGCCUAAGGGUAUUGAUAAUCUCUUGGUGAUAAACACGGAAGACUGUUAAGCGAAAGCUUCUUCUAUUCCGUCCACAACCAUUUGAACCGUUUGAAGGUCGUCUUGAUAGCGCUUCGCAUGAAGUGUUUCGAAACAUUUUGUAAUGGUUAUUUGGUGAAUACGUGGUUGUCAUGAGACCAAGGGUACUAUCGGUCGGUGUGAGCACAGAAGCCUGUAUAGCUGUUGAUUACGGUUGGAAAGGACUUAUUGCCCUUGGCAGUUUCACCAACAUACUUAUAGUUGACCCUUGUUUCAGUAAAUCUUUGCAGUCGCUACAGGGCCACCGCGCUAACAUAGUAAAUGUUUUGUGGGCUCCUGAAAAUUACUAUCAUGAUGAUAAAAACCCUUUUCAAUUAAAACUUGCCAGUGUUGACGCGUCUGGAGUAAUAAUUAUUUGGGAUGCUACCACAUCCUCCGCGACCUCAGAGUUUCGUGAGCCAGAUUCACUCGUCUUGGAUAUAUUAUGGCUACCAAAUCAGUGGGUUUCACGUGAUUUGUUGGCUGUUCUCCACUCUCAUGGUAGAUUCAUUAUUUGGAACACACAAACCCAAACAAGAUUGUGGAAGUUCUCUUUUGAAGACGAUGUGGUUUCAUUUUCUCUGGAUACAUUCUCCAAUUCAAAGAUUAUUUUUUUCUCAAAGGAAUAUUUCACUGUGGAAAAUUUCUACGUCACUUCGUGUGUCUUUGGAAAAGGCAGGAAACUAAACAUCUCCGAGGCUGGUAGUAACAAGUGUUUUGUUAAUGAAAUAAACUCACGUGGAACAACAUCAGGAGAAACGCCAGUAAAAUUAUCGUUCAGUGAACUAAACGUCAGCCCGGGGAACUCUGAAAGGGCAUAUGAUUCUUCGAGUGAUAGUGCAAGAAUAACAUCUAUUAGAACAUGUUUGCAGGUUACUUACCAUCGAUAUCACAAGGACUGUGCGUUGUUUGUUUUUAGGAGGGAGAUUAUUGUCGUGAAUCUGGGAUUGGUCCGUCCACUUCAUGUCGUUUAUUUAGAUCCUUCUUGGCCUUCUUUCUCACGUGUUUAUUCUUGCACUCAACGUGAUGUCAUCAUUUGCCUACAUGAAAAUGGCAAUUUAAGCGUAUAUGCUUGUCGUGGUCUUGCUUUAGCAGCGGAUCCUUCUCUUCAUCCUUCUCAUCUACUGCGAAAACCUAGUAAAGAAUCUUCUGAUCUUCAUGCUGACAACAGCUGCACUUAUGUUCUUGUUGCGACUGCUGCUUCUUCGAGACGCCCAAAACAAGUACAUCAUGUUGAUUUUUCUGUGGACCAAAUGAAUGAGCUGAAUAUCGUCGUAGCUUCGAUUGAUGGGCGUUUCCAGUUUUGGCAACUACGAGCUGUUCGAGACUCAACUUUCUGUGAUGAAGAGGUGAAACCAAUUUGGAGCCUUUCGGAUCUGCUACCACAUGCACCUGUUGUAGAUAAGCCUCCAAUAAAGUUGUAUCUCGAAUUAAAUGGAUUAUACUCUCCAAGUAGAUCAGAGCCAACACUGUGUCGCGUAUGUCCACCGAAUCUGAUAGAACUUUCAAUGGUAGACUCAAUUCGUGGUCCAUUAGUGGCUGUUGGAAAUAAUCGUGGUGAUAUUCAGAUUUGGGAUGUAUCAUCAGCUAUAUUAUGGCGUGAAUAUCAUGUACUACCGGUACCUAUCAAAGGAAUUGAAUGGAUAGCAAUACCUCGAACAAUUUAUAAAAAUAAACAAAUCGGUAAAGUUUCUUCGAGACCAUCAUCAUGUGAAUAUUCAUUAGGUUUAAUUGUUCAUGGUUGGCAAUCUAAAGAUGGUCAUCGAAGUUCUCUUACUGAAAAUUCAUUGAAUAGAACAAAUACAAUAGGAAGAAAUUUUGUUACUACACUGGACUUAUCAACAGGUUAUAUGCGUAUAUUUCGUGAUACUUCAAAUCAAAAUAUUGACAAGACAGGUCCUCGCAUAGGAAUCAGUGUUCCCAGUGGUCAACUUUUAUCUGGAUCUAACGAUCAAGAAAAUCAUUUUGAGGGACCCAUUGACAUUCUUUGUGUUAGCCACUUCAACCAAUACGUUGGCAUAGCAAUUCGUAGGAGUCCUGUAGAAAUAUGGAAAUUAUCUACUUCUUCUUUAAUAGUUAAACUACCUUUCCUACCGGAUAUAACAGCUGUUGCUUUGGACUGGUGUCAUUCGCCAACUAAAUAUCAACGAAGUCGUAAAAUUUCAGACAAGAGUUCUAAAUCUGAGGACUAUGUUCAUUCAAAGGAAUCUGCUCGUACUCGUGAAUCAUGUAUUAUAUGCACUUCGGAUGGUAAUAUUCGCUUGAUUGCAGUGAAUAAUGAUUCAGUAGAUAGCACUUCAGUUUCAAAUACAAUUUUAAACGGUCUACCAACUGUUAGUUUAAAUCGAAUUAAUUCAGUUGCUUGGUUCUCUGAUUUGGUUGCUUUUGGCACUUUUGAUGGUUUUGUAGCUGUUCGAGAUUUACAUAGUAAAAGAACAUUGUUUAGAAUAACUUGUUCAAAGUCACAAUCAAAUUAUUUUGAUCAAGCUCUUGGUACUUUUAAUGAACAAUAUUUCGACCCAGAUAUAAUGUUAGAAACCAAUACUCCUGUUGUACAUCCUUCAUUGAAUAUUCGACGUUUAUGUUUUACACCGGGUUUAUCAACUUUUACUCGUCUUCUUAGUUUGCAGUUUGAUUCCGUAUGUGUUUGGGAACCAAGACAGAUGCUCCUUUUAUGUAUAAUUGAAUUCGGUGUAUCAGUUCAUCAGUCCUUAAUUUGUGCUGAUUGGGUUUCUGUUGUGACUAAAUUAUCAGAUAGAGCUUUGUGUAUUCUGUUGGGUGGAGAUGGUGCAUUACGACUUGUACAAGCUGGUCAAGCUAAUUAUGAAAUGACAGUUGUUAAUUAUUCUAAUCAAUCAGUAAACCUUGGGAAUACAAUUACUCGUGGAACUACUUUACAAGAUCCAAUUUCAAAAUUUUACAUUCAGAGUUCAUUACCAGAUAGACCUGAUAUUCAAGAUCCUGUUUUAGUCCCGUCGUUACUUCCAUCCAUCACUGCUCUAAAUAUUCGACAUCUCUUACAACAUCAACCGUGGUGUAAAAAGUCUCAAAAUAUCCCUUCAAUUAAAAAUGAAAAUUUAUUGAUUGACAUAACUCCUAGUUCUCAAACGUUAAAAUGCUAUCAGACUACCAUAGCUAAUACUGAAUCAGACCAAAGCUCUUAUUCUAGUAGUGACUGUUCUCUGCUUGCUCCUGGUUUUGCAAAGAUUCAGAAUUCUGUAAAUAUAUUCCUAUAUGGCCUAAAAACAAGACAUGAAUUAUCUACCAGUUUUAUGAAUCUGUCGAAUACUACCAUUAUUGAACGUUGCUUAUGGACCGCUCAAUUAUUUGGUGAUGUAUACGAAGUAAAAUUUUGGCGAUUGGUUGCAAAUCGUUUACUAUACAAAAAAGCUUUACAUAACAAUUCACAACAAUUAAAUAACCAGUUAUGGUCUCGUUAUUUUUUAGAUUUAUCUUGGGAUUUUUUAGCUGACUGCGAUUUAUAUCGUCAGAAUGUUGAAAAGUUCAUACCAUAUAUGGAAAAGUCGCAUAAUUUACCUACUGAAAUUAUGGAUUGCGUUAAUACACUGAUUAUGGUCGAUCACCUCGAUAAUGCCUCGUAAGUCUUAUAAGCAGCAAUAAAUGGUGGCUAACAGGAGAAUCCAGGACUCACUUUUCGUCCUAUUUGUGAUUCAUCGACUGGACGCACCUGCAUCCGAGUAGAUGUUCACUUCAAGACUCGAAUACAGUACCGUUUACUCCAAACCCCAUAUUGCUAUCUACUUAGUUACUGAGUCCAGAUAGCCUCUGGUUCGCGUAUUGGUUGUUUGGAUCUUCCCAACUGCAAUUGAUCAGGGUUAUGAUGAUUGUCGAAUUGCCUUGAUAUCUCAAACCGAUUUAAGUUAGACAACCAAUAAAAUUCUGAAAACACAGGAUGGACAUUUCGUGCUAGUAUGUGAGUCCUCGAAAUUGUGCUUCCAUUGCUCCUGUAACCUCAUGAUGUUUAAAUCAUCGAAUAGUCUACAGUCAGUGUCGUAGUCUGAAAUGGUUUGAGGAACGUCACUCUAGUUUGAUUAAUCUACCAUGACCACAAAUUCGUUCGUUCGAUCCUGAUUGGUUCGGAAAUGUUUAACUUUAUCAAUCUUGCGUUUUAAAAACUGAACUAUUAAUUAUUCUAAUUACAGUUUUAGUUAUUAUCUGCAAUUUUAUUAUGAUUGAAAUAACAAUAAUUAACUAAUUUUAAUUUAGGUCAACAGGAUCGUGCAGUUUCUUUAUUACUGGAAACACCUGCAGAUUCAAGUAAUUAUUCUAUAAAUAUGUAUCGUGCUUGUUUGUUUACGGCAAAUAUUGCUAGAAAAUCUCUUCUAUCCGAGUCUAGCGCAAAUCAACCAGCAGAGGAUAAUUAUUUGAGUGUAAUAAAAUUAGUUGCUACAAAUUUACUUUCUAAUGGAAAAAUUAAUGAUGGCAUUGGUUUAUUGUGUCUCAUUGGCCUACAAGUUGAUGCAUGCCGUUACUUAGAAUCAUUCGAUCGAUGGGAUCGUUCCGUAUGGUUAGCCAAGUGUACAUUAUCAAUCGAAGAACAUGAUAAAGUAAUGAGACGUUGGGCGUCCUAUUUAGCUUCAUCUCAGAUUAAUCGAAAAGAUUUAGCUAUACUCAUUUAUGUUUAUUUAGAAGAUCAUUCUAAUGUUUUAAAGUUACUUUUUAAUCUUAAACAAUAUCAAUUGGCAGCUAGAUACCUGGAAGCAUGCCGCGAAUUAAACUUAUUGAAUACAACUGAGGAAACCGGUAAGUAUUUUUUUUUUUUGUUUUAAUAAACUGGGAUUAUUGUUAUUAUUAUUAUUCUCUCUCAUAUAGAGAUUUCAUUUAAAAAUCUUUUCUUAUUCGUUUUGUACAUGUGUAAUCAAGGAAUUAAGCUUGUGAUGAACAGUGUGUGUUCAUAAAAAUAAAAUCCAGUUGUUUAAAUUUCGCUUACUCAAUUAACAAUGAAAUUUUAGACUUGUAUAUUCAAUUCAAAUGAUAAAUGGUAAGAAUAUGUAUUAUAUUUUUUAAAUCUGUAUACGCAGUUAGCAUGGGCUAUAAGCUUUUUAAUCUGUCUAAUCAAUUACAUAACUUCUUACUUAGUUUAAGAAGUAUGAAAACCUUAAUUUGAUGAAUUGUUAUACCACUUCAUUCGUCUGGUUAAUAUUAGUUUUCGUUUUAUUUUUAUUUAAGAGAGGAGGAAUUCAUGAUCGUUUAUGUGUUGUAGAACAUUUCACAUUGUUGUAUAUAUUAAACUGUGUAAUCUGAUCUAUUUUAGCAUGUUGCAAUAGAUUAGUAUUUGGCAUUAAUUUUGAUAUUUUUCUUAUCAGUGUAGUUGUUUUAUUAUAAAUAGUUGGUAUCCUAAGAGUACGACAAAGCCUUCAGAGAAUCUAAUGGAGCCGAAGGGAUUCAUUCCAAUCAGAACCUAAUAGAGCCUUUUGGGAUAUCAACUUGGCAUACUACGAUUGAACAGUAGCAUAACAUACCUCUUUGCAGAUUGGCUGAAUUAUAAUGAUGUUAUAACAAACACUAAUAUCUAUAAAUACUCAUGAUUUUCUGUACAUUUUGAUUCUUACCCAACAAACACUUCUCCAGCCUUCUUCUCUUUUCUAAGUUUGAGACUGUAGGGUUCUAAACUUUCGAGUACCGUAGUUGUAUACCGUAUUCUGCGUUAAUCAAGUAGUGAACAUAAAAAAUUAUAAAAUGAGUUAUGAUUUUAGGUACUUUAUACGGAUAUCAUGAACUAUGUUUGUAUUUCUUGAUAUUCACUAGUGUGAAAAGAUCCUAACCGUGGAAAUCAGCUCAAAAUCGAUUUUGAUUUGAGAGUUUAUAUUUGCAUAUAAUUAUAAUACUAUAAAUUUCAGAUUUGUCAAUAUCAUAUUAUUAAUAAACUCAUAGUAAGGAUAAUUUUGCACUGAUUAAUAUUUCUGUUAAAUGUUUUUAUUUAAAUACAGAAUCAUUUUAUGAGUCAAUAUU